CUACCAAUAAACCCUAACAAAACAUCAUCGUCUUCUCUCUUUCUGCAAUUGAAAACAAAACGCAAGCAAAAACAAUGGGAGCCAAGAGAAAGAAGAACGAAACCGCCGACUGGGAAAACGACGACGUAGAUUCAAAUUUCUCUAAGAAAAAGAAGAGUAAGAACGAAGAUGGAGACGGAGACGGAGAGGGAAAGAAGGAGAUUCUUCCGUCGACGAUAAAGAACAAAGAGAAGAGAUCAGCAGCUCUUGCUAAACUCAAGCAUGAGAAGAAGCUUGAGAAGCGAAAAAAACUCAAAGCUCGAGAAGCUUCGGAAAAGCAGGCUCUCGAGCUCGGCGUCGAGCCUCCACCUAGACCGGUUCCUCGGACAAUUGAGAAUACUAGGGAGCUUGAUGAGACUGUGUGUAAGCCUGAUGAUGAUGAGCUAUUUGCAGGGAAUGAUGUUGAUGAAUUUAGUUUAGUUCUAAAGCGUGAACGUGCUCCGAAGAUAUUGAUUACCACUUGCCGGUUCAAUUCUACAAGGGGACCUCUUUUUAUAAAAGAAUUGCUUUCAGUUAUACCCAGUGCAGAAUACAGGAAGAGAGGAACCUAUGAUUUGAAAAAGAUUAUUGAGUAUGCGACCAACAAGGACUUUACUACUGUUAUAGAUGUUCAUACCAGUCGCCGAGAACCGGAUGCUCUGCUGAUCAUUUGUUUGCCCUAUGGACCUACUGCACAUUUCAAGCUAUCAAAUCUUGUUUUACGCAAGGAUAUUAAGAAUCAUGGAAAUCCCACCGGUCACCAUCCUGAGCUAGUAUUGACUAACUUUACCACUCGCUUGGGUCAUCGUAUUGGGAGAGUUAUACAGUCUCUUUUCCCACAAGAUCCAAAUUUUCGUGGUCGGCGAGUUGUUACCUUUCACAAUCAACGGGAUUAUAUAUUCUUUCGGCAUCACCGGUACAUUUUUGAAACCAAAGAAAGUAAGGACAAUGAUUCAAAAGGCCAAAAAGUGAAGCAACAGAAAGUGAUUGCACGCCUCCAGGAAUGUGGUCCCCGAUUCACACUGAAAUUGAUAAGCCUGCAGCAUGGAACAUUUGAUACCAAAAGUGGCGAAUACGAAUGGGUACACAAGCCUGAAAUGGAUACCAGCCGAAGAAGGUUUUUUCUGUGAGCUGUUUCAUCAUUCAAGAUUCUUUUGCAUGAUGUUCCCCUACUCAAUUUUGGCCAAUAUAGUAUCACAAACUGUCUUAGUAGGUGCAGUUCUUCAACUUUUGUAUCAGUUUGCUAGUUUAUACAAUUGGAUGCUAAUAUUCCAAUAUCAAUGUGUAGCAUGUCAUUUCUCUUUUUACAGUUUUAA